CCUCACACCUCACACCUCCAUUCCCCAGCUGGACCUUCCUUCAUCCUCUCUUCUCUCUUCCUCCGCAUCCCGAAGCAUUACAAUGGUCAACUACUUUUUGUACGAGAGCUCCUCCGGAUACGCUCUUUUUGAGCGUCUCGAGUCCGAAGAAAUCGGCUCCAAGCUCGCUGACGUUUGCGCUGCUGCCACCGACCUUACCAAGUUUGGCAAGAUGGUCAAACUCAAGUCCUUUGCUCCUUUCAAGAGCGCUGCCCACGCCUUGGAGAACAUGAACGACGUCUCUGAAGGUAUCAUGAACGACCAUCUCAAGGCCUUUUUGGAGAUGAACCUCCCCAAACCUGGCAAAAAGUCUAAGGUCGUUUUGGGCGUCACUGAAAAGUCUCUGGCCGGAUCGAUCAAAGAGAGUCUCGGUUACGAGUGCGAUGCUAGCGAGAUUGUCCUGGAUCUUGUCCGUGGUGUCCGUCUUUUUGCUGACAAGUUGUUGAAGCAGCUUAAGGAUGGUGAUCUCGAGCGCGCACAGCUCGGUUUGGGUCACAGCUACUCCCGUGGAAAGGUCAAGUUCAACGUUCACCGUUCUGACAACAUGAUCAUCCAGGCCAUUGCCCUCUUGGAUCAGAUGGACAAGGACGUCAACACUUUUGCCAUGCGUAUUAGGGAAUGGUACUCGUGGCACUUUCCCGAGCUGGUCAAGAUUGUCAAUGACAACUACAAGUACGCCAGACUUGCACAGCUCAUUAAGAACAAGAGCGAUCUUUCGGAGAGCAAGUUGGAGGCUAUUGAGGAGAUCACUGGUGAUGCCGCCCAGGCUCAGCAGAUUCUGGACGCCGCCCGUGCCUCUAUGGGUACCGAUAUCUCGGAGAUCGACAUGAUCAACAUCGAGAACUUUGCCAAGCGCGUCAUCGAUCUCGCCGACUACAGAAAGAAGUUGCAUGAGUACCUGAUCUCCAAGAUGAACAACGUUGCACCCAACUUGUCGGCCCUGAUCGGCGAGAUGGUUGGUGCCCGUCUGAUCUCGCAUGCCGGUUCUUUGACCAACCUCUCCAAAUAUCCCGCCUCGACUGUUCAGAUUCUCGGCGCAGAAAAGGCCCUCUUCCGUGCACUGAAGACCAAGGGUAACACCCCCAAGUACGGAUUGAUCUACCACUCUUCCUUCAUUGGCCGUGCUGGAACCAAGAACAAGGGUCGCAUCUCUCGCUUCGUUGCCAACAAAUGCUCGAUUGCUUCCCGCAUCGACUGCUUCAGUGAACAGCCCACGACCAAGUUUGGUGAGGCCAUGAAGGAACAGGUCGAGGAGCGUCUCGAGUUUUACGAGUCAGGUGCCACUCCCUCCAAGAACGCGGACACGAUGAAGAAGGUCAUCGAUAGCCUCAAGGAUGGUGCUGACGUUGAAAUGGAGGAGGCCCCUGUCAAGGCAGGCAAGAAGAGAAGUGCCGUGGAGGACAAGACUCCAUCCAAGAAGGCCAAGAAGGAGAAGGAGGAGAAGAAGGAGAAGAAGGACAAGGAGGAGAAGAAGGAGAAGAAGGAGAAGAAGGAGAAGAAGUAAAGGUCCCAGGGCCAUGUUGCGUUUAUCUCCUGUCUUUCAUUCUUUUGACCUGUUCCCAUUUCACCCGCAUUCGCAUCUGUAGAGUAGCUCGUCUCGUGUAGACAUAAUUCACCACUACCACACCGUUUUCUUUCAUCUGUUUUGUACACAAUGCCAUUUCUAUCUCUAUUUCAAUUUUCAAUAAAAGCAUUCAAUUUGCUUGUACUCACGGCUCCUAAACGCGAUCUUGACUGAUCUAUUGUGCGGUCGAAGG